UACGAAACUAGGAAUUGGGUAACAAAUAGCUUGAUAUAGAACAUGAAAAUAUAUAAAAGUAGGUAUUAUUUUGUUAAGGGAUAUUCAGUCACCAUGGCUUCAGCUAAGUUUGUCGUAUUCGCAGCUCUCUUGAUCGUUUUGAACAUGCACUGGGCUCAGUGCCAGUUCUACCCUGGAUACGGCGGCUACUACCCACAAGUGAUUGGACGAGACAACGAUAAUGACCUGGACACCAUCCUGCCAAUUCUCAUCCUCGCCAUGUUUGGCAGAAAUGGUGGACUUGGUUGCAACGGUGGUGGGUGCGGAUGUGGUGGUUGCGGUGGCGGAUGUGGCUGCGGAUGUGGCCGUUGCUAAUUAAAUUUUUAAAAAUUAUUCUAUAGAACACACUUGUUUAUUUAAAAUUUUAAAUUGAUUUGUCAAAGAAUCUCUUCUCAACUUUGUUCUGUUUUCGAAAAACGAUGUAAUUGAAAAAAAUAUAAAAUCUACAUAGUGAAUUUCUA